AUGAUGUCAGUUACAAAUAAGAACGUGUAAUGUACGCACGUUCGUACUGUGGUAAUAUUAAAACCGAAAUACCUAUUUAUUUUUAGUUCGAAAUUCAAAACCGGAGUUCUUUUUUCAGUUUCUUUUUUUUUUUAUUAAUUUUGUGAUGUAUGCCAGUGUUUUGUGUUGAAUAAUGUCCGCUCUAUUGAAGAAUGUCACAAACUGCAUCUGGCACGCAUUCGACUCUUUGCAAAAUAAGGCUGCAGUGGUCCAUAAAUCGAAAUUGAAGGUGUUAACAGCAAACAUCGGUACCCUUCUGGAUCUCUACGGUGUGGAAAAGGGUCUGGAUCACUUCAAGUCUUCACAGGAGUUGUCCUUUGACGAGUUCCGCUACUACCUGCAGCAUGAGGUGUUCAGCUCGCUGCCUAAGACUAUGACCUUACCCGUUAUUAGGGAUUACGAGAAGAAAAUAAGUGAGGUAUGCUGGUUGGUGUGUAGGAAGAACCUGGUGUUACGAGAUAAGCCCAUCUUCAGCGAUGACUCCGUGCUGAAGCUGUUCAGAAUAUACUGUCUACUGGCUGAUUUAGUGCAGGACGCUGAUAACACGGAACACUAUGUGGUGGUACUGCAGCCGUCAGAAGCGGGCAUAGUAGCUGAACAACUAGUCCACUGCCUUGGGCUCCGGUGGGAUGCGGCAGACUGGGACGCGCUCGGCACGUCCAUUGGCCACUUCAAAUGGGCGGCCUUCCUUGCAGUACUAGAGGCCAAGUACUGCUGCGACCAGCAGCUACACUCUAAGGCUUUAGUGGAAGCUGUCGACGAGAUUUAUGACGUAUUUAUCGAGGAUAUUAUAAAGAAGGGCUAUCUCUUCAAACGCGGCUACUUACUCCCGACAAUGAGAGAGUAUUGGUGUGUGCUACAGCCCUGUGCACUUACCUACUACAAAAGCUCCUCGCAGAAGGAACAGUGCGGCAGAAUAAAUAUAGACGAAUACUGUUCGGUAGAGGCUUCAGCCGGUGAAGGCAAAAUACAAAGGUUCCAACUCGUUACUCCAGACAGAACGUAUGAAUUCGGCACUCAAGACCAUAAAAGUAGACUGCAAUGGAUAUCAGCAGUGCGACAGGCAACAGCUGUCUCGGGUGGCGCAGAAGGCUACCAGAGAAAAGCUAGAGCUUGCCGACGCGGCGCCGGUGCUAGGAGAGAGAGAGAGGCUAGAGAUGCUCGCGCACGGUUGCAGCACGAAGUGCGAGCGAGACUUGCUGCGGAGGCACAAGCACAGGAAUUAGCGGAAUUGGCACAACAAGACAACAAAAAGUUAGAAGAAUUAAAAUCUGCUCAAACCGAGUUGGAGAAAUUGUUACAAGAAGAAAUUCAAGCCAAGAGAGAUGAAGAAAUAGUACGAGCUCUGCAGGCCAGGGUUUUAGCAGAGGAGUGGGAAAGGCGAGAGGAGUUAGAGAGACUUCAAGAAGAACAAAACCGAAUGUUGGAAGAGGAGAGAUUAAAACGAAAAAGGUUCGAAAUGCUACAAGCUGAAAAGGAAGAACAAUACAGAGAAGCGGAAAAACGUCUGAAAGAGCUGGAACAAGAAAAGCAGAGGCUAGACGAUGAGCUGAAAGCGGCGCAAGAGAAGAUUAACAAGACUGAGCUGACGGCGAAAGCGUUGCAUGUACAAUUGAGAGAUAUGAACCCGGUUCUCCGCAAUGGCGAGAGAGUGCGUCGAGCUAUCUCUUUCGUGCCGACCACCAAAAGUUCCUCAGACACCCUGAUAGACGUCAGAGCUAUCAGGCACGUUAUGGCGAUGGACGAUGAUGAAAAAGUGUGAAUGUGUACUAAUUAUGUAUGUGUGUGUGUGUGUGAAUGUAUGGUAGAUGUUUUGAUUUCUUGGCUGAUUUCUUGAAAAUGGCUUACAUGUUAUUAUAUGUAUAACUUAAAUACGAAGUGUAGUUUUUUUUAGGGAGGACUGGCCCCUUAAUAAAGGUCUAUAUGUACUUUUAAACAUGUCUUUGCUCAUAGAUAAAAAUUCGCUAAUGAUCCUGAGGUGAACCCCUUAAAUACGCCUAUAUAUAGAUAUUAUUAUAAAUAGAUUGGCUAUUAUAGCUAUUAUAGAUUGUAUAUACAUAAUUUAAAAGAAAAAUAAUUUGAAAAUUAUCUUUAUUUAAUAUUGCUAGCUUUUUAUAGUGUAUUCAUUCCAAAUAGACUCUCUAAAUAAAUAAAAAAUGGCUUGAAUUUAGGUAAUGUUGUAGCUGAUUGUAAUUUGGUGUGCCUUGUAGCGGUAACGGAUAGCAAAGAUAAAAUAUCAUAGUGCCUUGUUAUUACUUUUUCUUUACUAUAAUU